AUGAAUGAUAUGGUUGAAUCCAGAAACAAGGAUAUAGAAAUUAAAUGUAUUGAUGCUACGGCUCUGGAAGCUCUAGUAAACUUCGCCUACACAGGAAAAGUGGUGUUGGACAAAAACAACGUACAAAGCAUCAUGAUUGGAGCUUCGUUUCUACAAUUAAAUAAAGUCAGAGAUGCUUGUGCUAACUAUUUAUUACAAAGAAUUCAUCCCCAAAAUGCUCUAGGAUUUCGGCAUUUCGCAGAAUCAUUGGGAUCGUCUACUCUGGCCGAUUCUGCAGAAAAAUACAUAGAAUGGUAUUUCCACGAAGUGUCACAAAACGAGGAGUAUUUGAAUCUUUCCGUUAAUGAAAUCAAAGAUCUGUUCAUGAAAAACGAUCUUAGAGUGGACAAUGAAGAACAAGUUUUUGAAGCAUGCAUGAGAUGGUUGAAACACGACAUUGAUAAAAGAAAAGAACAUUUACCUGAACUAUUGUCUUUAGUCCGCCUUCCCUUACUAUCGCCAUUAUAUAUUACUGACAGGGUUAGGAAUGAGGAACAAAUAAGAUAUUCGAUACAAUGCAGAGAUUUGGUAGACGAGGCUUUGACAUUCCAUCUCAUACCGGAAAGAAGGGCGCUGAUACAAAGUUUUCGUACAGAACCAAGAGUACGGGACAUUAAGGGCUUUAUUUAUGUUGUUGGGGGACUUAAUAGGCAUGGUAAGUAA